CCGCGCCGGCCUCGAUCUACUGCGGCGCCAGAAGCGGCGGCGGCCUCGGGCUGGCGCUGUCACUGACUCUCCCCUCCGUUAGACUGCCCUGCUUUUCCGAGUUUGGCGCAUCCAAAACCUAGCACAGCGACCAAGCAUUCCUCUUCGCGUUCUGCUGCUGCUAGCGGAGAACAAUUUCCUCUUGUUACAAAUGAGUCCACGUCCGCCUGGUGGUUCAUUAAAGCGUAAGAAUAGUCCUAAUGAGUCAACAGGAAUACCCAAUCCUGCGAAUUUUUACCACCCGCAAUUUCGUCAGCAUAUGCAAUUUUCACAACCGCCAUAUGCCAUGAAUAUCCCUUUCCAGCAAUUCCCACAGCAACACCUAUACCAACCUAAUGUCCAAUACGUUGUUGUCCAACCACAAUAUGCUCCAUACUCUUUACCACCACAGCCGCCGCCUCCACCAUCUGCUCAAGUUUUGCCAUCCACGUCAGCGUCUGGUUCGGGCACCCCACAUAUGGAAACUCGCCGAGAGCAAGAGAUUGAUAUAGUCAAUGAUGAGAAUGGUCAACCUGAGCGUACUACUAAUCGAUUACAUUGGACGGAAAAGGAGGACAUAAGAUUGAUAAGCGCUUGGUUGAAUUGCCCGAAGAUCAAUAAGUAUGACACAUACUGGGCGAAUGUUACAGAAACCUACAACAGCACCACCCCUAGAGAUAGGAGAAGGGAAACAAAGUAUUUGAAAUAUCAUUGGUACAAGAUGAUCCCGAAGAUUGCCCGCUUCGAUGACUGCUGGUGCCAGGUCAAGGCAAAAUAUCCUAGUGACCUGUCCGACAAUAUGCAACUGCUGGACAAAACAUGGGCAAUGUUCAACAUGGAAGCACGGGCGAUGUAUCUUGAGGAAGUGAAACGUCGUUUUGCCUAUGGCCACUGCUGGAUAGCUCUCUGGGACCAACCCAAGUGGAAAUCCUACAUCCUGUCUUUGUCCUCCAAAAAAUCCAAGAUGUCUGAGUCCGGGGACUACACGUCGUCCUCUGAAGAUACUGAAGAUGACCUUGAAGAUGAGAUGAGUGAAGAAGGUUGCGUCACAGCAAAGGAGAAACGUGGAGAAGGCUGCGUCACUGCAAAGGAGAAACAUGGAGAAGGCUGCGUCACUGCAAAGGAGAAACAUGGAGGUAAAGGUAGGAUGCAGUCUUCAUCAGAGGUGGAAAAAGAUAACCAUUGCUCAGUAGAUCUUCAGAAGAUACUAAACAUGAAUACAGAGGAGCUGACAGGGGUAGAAGUUCUGCACACAGACCAAAACCUUGAACCUUUCAGAAUAGAGCAGCCAGAAAGAAGGGACAGCGAAGCAUUAAUUUCAGAGAAGCAACCAGAAUUGUCGAUAGCUGGAGCUUCGUGGUACAAUGGUGUUCUGCCUGGGACUGAGCUAUUGGGUGGUAAUUCCAAGUUCGACGAGUUUCAACAUGGGGAAGUACUGAGGGAAGAUGAGCCUGAAAAAGGAAUGAGUGGACAGGGUUACAAGGCACUAGACCAUGAUAGAGAAGCAGUCAUGCAAAACCUUCCUGAAAAGGAGACAGCACAGAUCUGCAAGAAGCCAGACCAUGGGAGAGCAACGGGUGGAAAUAUUCCUGUAGGCAAAAAAGGUGGGCAAAGUUGCAAGGUGCCAAAGCUCAAACGAAAACGCAAAGGCAAUGGCAAGGAACUGCCUUGUUCAUCUGAGGUGCAGGAGGACAUCAAACGUGCAGUGGAUCUGCAGACUAUGCUUAUGAAGGAUCGCGAGAAGGUGUCAGAGGUACAGCUCCGUCUCUCGAAGGAGAAGCUCGAGUUAGCCAAACUAAAACAGCAGGAAGCAAAGGAUAGGAAGGAAACAACACUGUACAAGAAGUAUUCAGAGCUGUUGAUGGCUGACACCUCCAAAUUCAACGACUUUCAGAAGGCAGAGUAUGAGAAGGCGGUGAAGCGCAUGGGUGAGACGUUAUUUGGUAGAGAUGACAGCUAGUAGUCGUUUAGUAGGCUAUGUUAAAUACUUCAUCUGAAGCAGCAGUAAUGGAACGUAGGUUGAUGUUGUUAUAUCUGGUGAUUUAGCUUACUCUCAAUCCAAGUAAUAUACAACCUGUACUGUGUAGAUUCUAUCGGCCCAUGUUAGAUGUAGCUCCCACUUAUAUUUCUAAUGACCAACUUCCCAGUUCCUGAAUCUGGAAUAAGAACAUAAUUUGAUGGCCGAUGGGUUGAAGAUGAACAUGGGAAGGAUCAAAUUGCAAGUCCCUAGCAUAUGACCGGCA